AAUGGAAGGGCGAGGGCGGGUGAUUAGCGAAUUUCCCGGGAGAUUUAAGCGCCCCAUGGGGGGGGGGCGCUUCGCGAGAAAUAGUUUGUAUGAGGAGACAGUGCAAAUCAGAAGCCCCUGCCAGCAAAUUGUGUGUCUCCUAGACAGCUGUGAAGAUGCCGACCACGAAUGAGCAGUAUAAGCGGAUGGAUAAAUUCAAAAACAAAGGCAAAGAUAUUACAGCAAGAAGGAAGCAAAGAAUGGAAUUUGAAGUUGAACUGCGCAAGGCGAGGAAGGAUGAGCAGAUCUUGAAGCGAAGGAACAUUAGCUUCACCACAGAAGGCGCCCUAUCUUCAGAGAAAGCAGAGAAGAAUGUGGCUGUUCAACUUUCUUUGGAGGAAAUAGUCAAGGCAUUGAAAUCAGAUGAUGAGCAACUUUAUUUCAAGGCAGCUCAGUCGGGCAGGAAACUGUUAUCUAAGCAUAAAAACCCACCUAUUAAUCAAGUCAUUGAAGCUGGGAUUAUUCCUAAACUUGUGGAGUUCUUGUAUCGCCAUGAUGCCCCAAACUUGCAAUUUGAGGCUGCUUGGGCACUGACUAACAUUGCUUCUGGGACAUCUGACCAGACCAGAGCGGUUGUGGAGGCCAAUGCCAUACAGGGCUUGGUAGUCAUCUUGUCAUCUCCGCAUAUGCACAUCUGUGAGCAGGCUGUGUGGGCAUUAGGCAACAUAGCAGGCGAUGGCCCCAUGUACAGAGAUGCGUUGAUCAGUUUCAAUGUGAUCCCUCCUCUUCUGUCUUUGGUGGCACCUCCGACUCCUGUGGGGUUUCUGCGAAAUAUCACAUGGACCCUGUCCAAUCUCUGCAGAAACAAAAACCCAUAUCCUCCUCUGGCGGCUGUGAAGCAAAUGCUCCCCACCAUAAUGUGCCUCCUGCAACAUGAAGACGAGGACAUCCUCUCGGAUGCUUGUUGGGCUCUCUCCUACCUGACGGAUGGCUCCAAUGACCGCAUCGAAGUUGUGGUGGAGAUGGGUGUGCUCCCCCGACUGGUACAACUGAUGACCCAUUCAGAGCUGCCAGUUCUAACUCCGGCUCUCCGUGCUAUGGGCAACAUAGUCACUGGGACAGAUGAGCAAACGCAGAUGGCCAUCGAUGCAGGUGUUUUGUCGGUCUUGCUGCAGCUGCUGCGUCAUCCUAAGCCGGCCAUACAGAAGGAGGCGGCCUGGGCCGUGAGCAACAUUGCAGCAGGGCCCUGUAGCCAGAUUCAGCAGAUCAUCACGUGUGGCCUGUUGCCUCCCCUGGUGGAGCUGCUGGACAAGGGAGACUUCAAGGCCCAGAGGGAGGCUGUGUGGGCAGUUGCCAACUUCACCACCGGAGGCACUGUAGAGCAAGUCGUGAAAAUGGUCCAGGCUGGGGUCCUUAAGCCUCUGCUGAACUUGCUGACUGUCAAAGACGGCAAAAUCAUCCUCAUCAUUUUGGAUAGCAUCGCCAAUUUCUUCCUUUCUGCUGAGAAACUUGGCGAGACGGAAAAGCUGUGCCUUUUGGUAGAAGAGCUUGGGGGCCUGGAGAAGAUUGAAGCCCUCCAGACGCACGAAAACACCUUUGUCUACAGAGCUGCUUUGGGCCUCAUUGAGAAAUAUUUUUCUGGCAAGGAAGGUGAAAGCUCAAAUUCAGAAGCAGGAGAAGGAAGGGCAACUCUACCUUUCUCAGCUGAGCCGCAAGACUUCUAUAACUUCUGAAGGGGAGACUGGCCCACUGCACACCUUAUUUAUUAACUUGGUGAAGGACUGCACAUUUGGCUUGGCUAUUUAAAACACUACAGGGGAAGGGAGGUGCAAGAUGUUGAAAGUUAGUCUGUAGUUCUGUCUUGGACAAUAAAUCACCGCCCUUGGAUUUGUACAA